AUGUUAUUCUUGGACCAAGACUUAGACACCUUCUCCCUGCCCAGUGCCAACUCGCAACAACCUUCCAACGACCUUGAAGAUCAAGGAACAGCUGAUCAGACUUGCUCCAAGGACAACGAGACAAUUGAGAGUUAUUCUGACACCUCAGUCCAAGGACCUUGUACCGGCGAAAAGGAACUGUGUACCGGUGACAAAGAACCAGAGGAAUUGUGCACUGGAGGUUUUGCAGCUCCCCAGGGUUAUGGGAAUGUCGGCAACAAUGUACAGACUUAUUACAAUCAAGGAACGGGGCAGUAUAAUGCUGUUCCAUAUCAAGCCCAGUAUAGCCCGGGGGGUGCAAGCCCCUAUCAAGGUCAAUAUAAUCAAGGUGCUAUAAACCAGUAUGGAAAUCAAGGUCCAUGUGGAGGUGGUCCAAAUCAAGGUCAAUACAAUCAAGGUGCUAUCAGCCAAUAUUCCAAUCAAGGUCCGUGUGAAGGUGGUCCAAAUCAAGGUCAAUAUAAUCAAGGUGCUAUCAGCCAGUAUGGAAAUCAAGGUCCAUGUGGAGGUGGUUCAAAUCAAGGUCAAUAUAAUCAAGGUGCUAUCAGCCAAUACUCAAAUCAAGGUCCUUGUGGAAGUGGUCCAAAUCAAGGUCAAUAUGAUCAAGGUGCUAUCAGCCAAUAUUCCAAUCAAGGUCCGUGUGAAGGUGGUCCAAAUCAAGGUCAAUACAAUCAAGGUGCUAUCAGCCAAUACUCAAAUCAAGGUCCAUGUGGAGGUCAAAAUCAAGGUUACGGAAACUCACCGCCUUGGGUCAAUCAAGGUCAACAGUAUAAUCAAGGUGCUAUAAGUCAGUACGGGAAUCCAGGUCAACAGUGUGAGAAUCAAGGUCAGUAUGGACCUCAAGGGCAACAGUAUGGGAGUAACCCUGCAGCUAUUAGUCAGUACGGGAAUCCAGGUCAACAGUAUGCGAAUCAAGGUCAGCCGUGUGGAAAUCAAGGUCAGGGAGCGAUUUCACAGUACUCUGAAGCGUCAACGCAGCCAGCCGCUAGCAACAGCUAUGUGUGUGGACCCUGCCAACAACAGCUGUUGACUUCAAAAGUAUCUGACAACUGUGGAAUGAUUCAACAUUAAUAAAAAUGUUUCAUAACAUUGUAUUAUAAUAGUCUUGAUAUUACACUGAUAUUGUGAAAUAUUUACAAAAUAUAAAAAUAAAAAGUUCUA